UGUUGCUCGAAACUUUGCACCACUUUUCUGUGUUUUCCAGGAGAUAGAUCCAGCGGAAGACGGACUAUCCCGACAUUUUUUUUAAAUUCACAACAGACAAAACAAGACGGAGCGAAGAUGACGACGCUAGCGGCUGACUGCUUAACUGAUCGCUCAUGGAUAUGGGGUCAGACUUUGCCAGCCCCGUAUGGAGUCUCUGGUUUCGGACACCGCGUACUGGACGAUCGGCAAUAACUCAAACUACGAAAAGAACAGUUGUUUUAAAAUGAUCCCGAGACUCUAAAAGAUAGACUCAAUUCAUACUUCUGAAUUAUCGGUCUCCAUCAUGUCUGACCAAAAUUACUAUUGGACGGUCUUGCCGAGCUACAAAACCAGUUUUGUGACUGGGGCCAUGAUGAAAAGGUCAAAAAGCUCCCGAAACAACAAAAGGAGGAGUCUGGCGGUUGGAACUCCCUCGCCAACGCUUUCUCGACCGUUGUCUCCUCUCCCCCUCGCCACAGCUGGCAGCAGCCCUUCGGAGAGCCCCAGAAAUGUCUCUACCAGCUCCUCUGCCAACUUCCAGUUCGCCCGCAGCCAGCUGGCCCGUACAGAAAGAGCGGAUGGGCGAAGGUGGUCUGUGGCUUCGGUUCCCUCCUCUGGCUACUGCACCAACCCACCCAGCUCUUCAGUAUCUUCCUCUUCUUCCCAGGAGUUGUUGCAUCAACUGCCCUUCCAGCCCACACAAGAUGACCUCCACUUCUUGUUCAAACACUUCCGGAGCACAGAGAGCGUGGCGGACGACGAUGGGGUGCAUCCCUCGCCCCCCAUCAGGCUCCGCUCUCGCAGUCUCAGCCCCGGGCGAACUUGUGGGACAUUUGACAAUGAGAUUGUCAUGAUGAAUCAUGUUUACAAAGAGCGCUUCCCCAAGGCAACAGCCCAGAUGGAGGGUCGUCUGCUAGACAUCAUUGGGGAGUUCUCCCCAGGCAGUGCCCUCCCUCUGGCGGACGGCGUGCUAGGCUUUAUUCAGCACCAGCUGGUUGAGCUAGCCAGAGACUGCCUGGACAAGUCCCAGAAAGGCUUGGUGACAUCCAGGUACUUCAUGGAACUGCAAGAGAAGCUGGAGAAGCUGCUGCAUGAGGCAUAUGAGCGUUCAGAGAGUGAAGAGGUGACCAUCAUCAUCAAACUGGUGAAGAAGAUUCUCAUAAUCAUCUCCAGACCUGCAAGGCUCCUGGAGUGUCUGGAAUUUGAUCCGGAAGAGUUUUACCACCGUUUGGAGGCUGCAGAGGGCCACGCCAAAGUGGGACAGGGCAUCAAGACCGAUAUACCAAAAUACAUCAUCAGCCAGCUGGGCCUCACCAGGGACCCCCUGGAAGAGAUGGUCAACCUGGAGCAGACUAGCCCAGGGCACGGGGCAGGCAUCAAAGAGCCUGAUGACACUGGAGAGGGCCGAGCGGUCUGCACCCCUCCACGGAGGAAACCACUGGAGAGUGACUUUGAGACCAUCAAACUCAUUAGCAACGGCGCCUAUGGGGCUGUUUUUCUGGUGCGUCACAAGGAAACCCGUCAGCGCUUUGCCAUGAAGAAGAUCAACCGGCAGAACCUGAUGUUGAGGAACCAGAUACAGCAGGUGUUUGUGGAACGAGACAUCCUGACCUUUGCAGAGAACCCUUUUGUGGUUUCCAUGUUCUGCUCCUUUGAGACAAGGAGGCACCUGUGUAUGGUCAUGGAGUAUGUGGAAGGUGGUGACUGUGCCAACCUAUUGAAGAACAUUGGUCCUUUACCUGUGGACAUGGCCCGGAUGUACUUUGCUGAGACAGUCCUGGCUUUAGAAUACCUUCAUAACUACGGCAUUGUACACAGAGACCUCAAACCUGACAAUUUGCUGAUCACAUCAAUGGGCCACAUUAAGCUGACGGACUUUGGCCUGUCGAAGAUUGGUCUAAUGAACAUGACUACCAACUUGUAUGAAGGACACAUUGAGAAAGAUACCAGGGAGUUUAUAGACAAACAAGUAUGUGGCACACCAGAGUACAUUGCCCCAGAAGUAAUCCUGAGGCAGGGCUAUGGGAAGCCUGUGGACUGGUGGGCCAUGGGUAUCAUCCUCUAUGAGUUCCUGGUGGGCUGUGUACCUUUCUUUGGAGACACACCGGAGCAACUGUUCGGUCAGGUAGUCAACGAUGAGAUCAUCUGGCCAGAGGGAGAGGAUGCCCUGCCAGCUGAUGCCCAAGAUUUGAUCACCAGACUGCUGAGACAGAGCCCUCUGGAGCGCCUGGGGACAGGGGGAACCACCGAAGUGAAGAUGCACAUGUUUUUCCUGGGUCUAGACUGGAAUGGUCUGCUGCGGCAGAAGGCUGAGUUCAUACCUCAGCUGGAGACUGAAGAUGACACCAGUUACUUUGACACCCGGUCAGAGCGGUAUUGCCACUUGGGCUCAGAUGAGGAUGACGAGACCAAUGAUGAAGAGUCGUUCCUGGAGCUUCGCCAGUUUUCCUCUGUGGCUCAUCGCUUCAGCAAGGUGUACAGCAGCACAGAGCACCUGUCGACCUCCACGCCAUCCAACCAGAGUCUGUCGUCAUCCGAGCGCAGCCACAGCGAGGAGAAGGAGGAGCGGUGGGAAGGUCGAGGAAUGGUCUGUCUGGGAGAGGGAUUCAGACAGACGACAACAGGAGGAGACAAGAGGACGGAUGGACACAGGGGGAGUCUGCGCCCUCGGGCCUCCUCCAGCUCCUCCCAGUCGGAGCGCAGUGCCAGCCCACUGGUGAUGAACAGCACCCAGAGUCUCGACACCAUGCCCCGUUUCGCCAUCUCUGCUGAGGAGGAGGACGGGAUGGUGUCCAACCUACGACGGAUCCGUCUCCGGAGCAAUAGCACAGGUACCAGGCCUUCCUAUCGGAGAGGGGCAUCUCGACGCAUUGCCCACCAGCUGGAGACACCAGAAAAACCCAGACCCCCCACAAGCUGUAAAGUCCCCAAGUCAGCCUCAGUCUCUGGUCUCUCCCUCAUCAUUACUCCAGACGACUCAGCAGGUCCCCCUACAAGCCCCAAGUCGUCCCUGUCUCUUUCCUCCAAUCCCUCAUCCAGAGACUCAUCGCCCAGCCGUGACCUCUCCCUCAGCAUCAGCUGCCUCAGGCCCCCCGUGGUCAUCCACAGCUCUGGGAAGAGGUUUGGUUUCGCCUUGCGAGCUAUCAGAGUCUACAUGGGAGACAGUGACGUCUACACUGUGCAUCACAUGGUCUGGUGUGUUGAGGAAGGAAGUCCAGCACACGAGGCAGGGUUAAAGGCUGGCGAUCUUAUCACUCACAUCAAUGGGGAGUCUGUCCAGGGUCUGGUCCACACCGAGGUGGUGGAGCUCCUGCUCAAAAGUGGCAGCAGGGUGACCCUACAGACAACUGCGCUGGAGAACACCUCCAUCAAGGUGGGGCCUGCCAGGAAGACUAGCUACAAGGCCAAGAUGGCCCGACGCAGCAAGAAGAGUAAGAAGAAAGACGGGCAGGAGAGGCGACGUAGCAUUUUGAAGAAGCUUUCCAAGCACACACCACCUCCGCCCAUGCAGAGCAGUCGUAGCUUCUCCUCAGGUUUCCACCAGUCCUCCAGUGACAGCCUCUCUGGCUCCCCCACGCAGAGCCUGUCUCCCGGGCCCUCCACGCCCUGCCGCUCCCCUGCACCCGACCACUCCGGAGAUUCAAGCUCCUCCCCUUGCUCCAGUUCCCCCAACUCCCCCGUGCCACAGGCCCGUCCCAGUUCCCUCCAUGUCCUGGGUCGAUACACCAAGGCCGGCCGCUGCAAGUCCACCAGCAGCAUACCCCCAUCCCCACUAGCUUGCAUCCCACCUCCCCAGCCUCUCUCUCCCCAGUGCUCUCCGUCCUGUCUGCCCAGUCACCCAAAGACCCUGCAAGGUUUCCAUGUAAAGACACUUUCUCCUCCCACCAUCGCCCGCCAUUCAGUCCGCCCCCGCAGUGCAGAGCCGCCGCGCUCACCGCUCCUCAAAAGGGUCCAGUCGGCGGAGAAGUUGUCUGCUGAGAAGCUGUCGGGCGGCUACCACAGUGACAAGAAGGCGUACGCCGCCCGGAGGCACACCAUGGAGGUGCCUCUGUCUGAGGGGGAGGGCCCCGAGGAUUUGGAGGGGGACACGGCCACAGGGUUCAUCUGUGUCGGGGAACAUGGCCGUCAGGGGUUGUACAUAGGGGGGCAGAGGUGCCAGCGAGAGCCAGUUGUCAGUGGUAAUGACCACCACCGCAGCACCCCGUCCCCGCAGCACCGUAGCAGUAACCGGCUCUCCAAAGAAGUGGUUGUGAUGCGCAAGCUGGCCCUGACAGAGCGAAGGGAUUCCUUCAAGAAACAGGAGGCUGUACAGGAAGUGUGCUUCGAUGACCAGGAAGAGAAAGAGGCAACUCCGAGCCCCACAAUUCCUGUCAGGCUGCCCAAAGCGUUCAAGGCCUCCUGGGUUAACUCGGCCCAGUCAGAAUCCAGUCUGGAACUGGAAGGAAAAGGGUCACAGCGUACAGCAAAGCAGUUGCCCAAACCAAAAGAGAAAGAGGGGUUUUAGGGUUGUUUUUCGUUUUUUUUUUUUUUUUUUUUUUCCCCGCUUUUGACAGGGUUAUUGGGGCCAAGGUAAGGUCUCACUCAGAAAAGAGACUCAAACUGAUGAGGUCAAUAAUUUUGACUUACUACUGUAUUUUUAAGUAGACAGCCUUGCGUGUGUGUCCAGACAGCUGUGACCAAACCCAGCCCCAUUGCAAGAAACAACUAGAAAAAGGAGAGAAAAGCAUAAAUAAAUGUUUUUCAUUAACAUAUGCAUCCUAUAAUACUGUUAACAGAGUAAUAACUGACAAGCCUCGCUUACUCCCUGGUUGCUUGUCCUCUUUUGGUUCUCAGAUCACUGUGGCACCUGUAACUGAUGUAUUUUGUAAAUAUUUUGUUUCGAAUAAAGACACAUAUUUAUGACUUUUUUAUGCUCAUUCAAAUUGUUUUUGGUCAAUGGAAAUGCCUUGAUGCUUCAGCUACUCUUAAUUUCAGGAAUUACAUCAAAUUUAUACAGCCGCUGUAGUGUUUCAUGGUUUUAUGGGGAAUUGUUUCAUUAAUUGGCUGCUGGGUUUCAUGUGCAAAUUGGACCUCUUAAGCAGGGUUGCAAUGGUUGGUAUUCAUCAUGUAUCGUACUGUAGAAUUUCAGAUGGCUAUCUGGGCUGCCUCUCACAACAAUUACACAUUAUAAUACACAUAUUGUGGUAGUAACCAUUUGCACUGUCAGUCAUUCUGAUUCUAAACCUGUAUACUUCUUUGACAAAACAUUUUAGGUUGUAAUUUUAUUACAAACUGAUAAAUAGAUCCAACCCUUAAUGCCUUUUAAGUCUUGCUUUGGCACAAACCCAUAGGAACCAUUUAAAAACAGGUACUGUAGUUGUAUUUGAAACAACAAGCUUCAUAAAUGGGCACCACCAUUAUGUGCCGUCUGUUGCAUUGUUAGGUGUCAGUGUCGUCUCUCAUUGGGUCUUUCUUUUUUACCAGUAACUCGAAUCAUAAAAUGAUCAACAGUGUGCACACAGGUGUGGAGAUAAAGCUUUCAGACUACCUUUGGAAACACAACUAUUGUCUGUUUCCUGUAACACCUAAUGAUCUACCUGCUUGUUUAGUCAAGUCUCCCUUGUUCUCCUUACAGUUUUAAUCUUGCCAGAUUGUUUGCACAAAUUUUAUAAGCCUCGUAACCCAGUCACAGCAUCUAUACUUCAGGACAUUUGACACAGUGGGAUUAAAAAGUUGUAGUGUAUGCAGGAAACAAACUGACCCAUUGUUUUUGUUUUGUUGUGUUUGGGGAAAAUGUGUAAAAUGAAUGAAUGUUUACAUUUUAGUGCAAGAUAUGUGUACAUGUGUGGAUUUGUCACGAUUUUUUGUUAAAUUAUUGUAAAAAAAAAAGAAAAAGAAAGAAUGGCAGGGAAUGGGAGAAUCUCACCAGAAGCCCCUGAUAAAUAGAUGAAGGAACCAGUAGAAUUAGCCUCUUUUUGUAUAUUUUGAUAUGAAACCAUCCCGUUGCAGUACUAAAAUGCCUAUGCUGUUGAAGUAUAUUGUAUAAAUGUAGUUGGACCUUAUAACAGCUGUUGGUGGUGUUUUUAAGUGACCUUGUGAGAGUAGAUCAUUUUUAUACCCUCGUGGGCUCGUUGAUAUAAUGUCACUUGUUGGUGUCAUGUGGAGCGAGCUUAAGCUCCUUUCCUGAUGUCGACCUUGAAAAAAGAGCGCAUGCUUUACAUUCUAAUGUGAUAUUCCCACAAAGCGAAACCUAUUAGGGGAAGUAUUUGAAGUUCUCGUUUGAAAAUCUGGUGUUUGCUAUUGAAGCAAUGAGUCGACCUUUAGAGAAGAGUUAUGAACAUAUGAAAACUGGUCGUGAACCGUGUAUUGUUUUGUUUUUCUCCCUUUCGAUAUGGCUUUCAUUAUUGUGCGCUUCUUCACUGAUUUUUUUUUUCCUCUAAAAGUAUAAAUACUUCCACUCCGUUAUGUCACAGUUGUUGUUAUAGUAGAAGAAAAGUGUCCCACAUCCUUGUGAUGUGUAGGAAAAUGUGUUUGGGUUUUUUGGAAGGGUUAAGGUAAUUGACACCGGGAAUUCAGACAGGCAGUUUAGCACAUACUAAAACUAACACUUGAAGGGUGGUUAUGGAUUGUGAAUGAGUAGAGUUUAGAGGUUAGCAAUUUCUUCUCUCAUCACUUUGUGAAGGAAGUAUAAACAGUACUUUUAUGGGGAUUUGUCUCCAGAUGUGAAGUUUUUUUGUUUUGUUUUUUGCACCUCUUCCAGAUAUGACAGUGAGCCUAGCCCUAUUUGGUUAAAUCGAAGGUUUGCAUUUUGUAUUUCACCUCAUCAUAAGUCAAAGAAAUCUCACCUGCAGACUGGUUUGACAGCACACAACGAAAGAACACAUUUAAUUCACCAGAGAACAGUUUAACAAACUCUUCUUGACAAUUUUUGCCACCAUACAAUUAAAGGAGCAGUUUUCAAAGUAUCGCUAUGUAGUUAUCCUUCAUAUAAUUUCCUGUAUUUUCCUUUAUGUUUAAAGAUGAUUUGUUUUAUUUUUAUGGUUGCUCAAUGCUCCAAAAUGACAAAAUUGGUCUGAAUUUCCUACUUGUGGGUUUCUGGUGCAGACAAGUGUGACAGUUGUUGGUUUUUUUUGUUUUUGUUUUUAAUGUCUUAACAGUGCUUGAAAUAAAUGAGUGAUGGC